ACAGGUCAGGAAAAUGUUUGUCUGAAUUAUUCAUGUUAAUGAUCAUUGAGCAGAAGCAGGGGGUACUAAACCAAGAAUAACAAUUCCUGGUUCUUGGAGUCAUUCAAAGGACUUGGCCAUUCCUGGGUCUUUUUUUCACUUUGUUUUCACCUCCAGGUCUGCAGGUGAGGAAGUGCUAAAACCUUGAAGGGUCUCACAGCAAAAUUUGGCAGAGGUUUUGGUAGACCACUGGGGAAUCCUGAAUUUAAAAUGUCUUUCAUCUUGUCAGUCUUGAAUACCAUUUCUGAUCCUGAAUACUGUUCCUGAAUGUUCUGUCCCUCCCCUUUCCUUGACAGGCUAUUGUGUAGAUCUUGUCAUUGUAAUGCUCUGAGAUCUGUAGAUGAUAGUUAAAUCAUAGAAUUAGAGCAGACCAACACUUCCUGUGUUGUUAACAAUAAUAACCAAAAUGAUUAGGUUUGUUUUUCAAGGAUUUAAAGUGGAUCCAUUGUUUUUUAGCAUUAACAGUGGAGGUCAAAAACUAAAAGAAAGGUUCCAUUUCAAGAAAAUCUUGAUAUUUUUACUCAAUAGAUGUCUGCCUAAUGAAAACAAUAACAAAGUUUACAGGAUGUUGCACCAAUUAAAAAGUUGUUUCCUUAAGAAAGAAAGAAAAAAAAUACAAAUGAAUGUAUAUCCCCAAAUAUGACAUAAAUCCUUUUAUUAAUGUCCAUUUUCUGUGCACAUAUUUUGGGAAUAUUUGAAAUAUGAUUUUUCACCAGUCAAGCUUUUUAAAAUAAUUUUUUACACCAAGUCCUGUUAAUAACGUUCUGCUUAAAGUCUAAUUACUUUCUAAAGAACUUUUUGUUCUACAAUCCUGAUUCUGAAGUGAGUGGCACUUAAUUUUAUAUCCAGGUCCUAAGAUUCUUUCUCAGGAGCAAAUGAUAUCCUAUAGGAUUGUUUACAGCUGGUCAGUGUUAGCCUGCCACAAUCUCCAUGGAACAUGGAGAACACCAGGAAUUACUCUUUACUCUUGGUUUUGACUAAGUAUCUGUUUGGGGGAAAUCUGCAUCCAGAUUUUUUAUGCUGUCAGAUAUGGCUGAAAAAAUAAGGUGUUAAGUUCUAUGUGUUUGAAUUAAUUUGCUUGAUAGGUAGAAUAAAUAUUACUGUAAAAGCUUCUGCUGAGGAAUAAGGAAAUACUUCCAGUGUUAAAUAAGCUACUUUUUCUUGAGGAAUAAAAUCUGACCAAGAUUGAGAUUCACGCAUCAGAGAUGUGAUGAUAAAUGGUUAUGGUUGAAGACUCUGGGCAAGGGUCAAAUGACUGCAAAAUGUACUUAAAAACCUGGGACAAGGGGCAAAACUUUGCAGAUUCACUCAGGCCACAGAAAUUCUGCAUGACAAAGAAUUUGAUGAAGAGUUUACCUGUCAUUUUGUUGGUAGUUUGUGGAUAGUUUCAUCCUUUGUAAAAAUAGGAAAGAAAAAUUACCCUGUAUUCCAGGAGUCACUCACCCUAAACCUUGUACUGAGUUUAGUAACUGAGUAAUUGAGUUUAGUGGUUGAAAAAGGCAAAUCAGAAGUUGGACUCAGGUUCUAAAAUCACGAGAGGCCUCCAGGACUCCCCUGACUCCUGCUCUGACUGUGGGCUCUUGCCCCUGUUUGAUAACUGUGUGCACUUAAGAGAAGCCUCUAAAUAACAUUGGAAUUUUUGGUAUUGACCACAGCUCUGAAGCAAUCCCCUGGACUGCUAAAAAUAAAUAAUAAUAAUAAUCAAAAUAUUAUAAUGGAGAAAGAAUGAAGAAUAGUGAUGGAAAGGAAGAAAUUAAUUGGAAUUGAGAGCUUUUAGGAUUAUUAUGGUAGGUACAGAUGGAAGAGGGCAUUUAUGGGCAGAUGUAGAAUUUGAUGACUGGGAAGGUCAUGGAGCAGAUCCUCCUAGCAGAUAUGUUAAGACAUAUAAAAGACAAGGAGGUGAUCCAAGGCAGACAGUGUGGAAAUCAAAUCUGGGGCCUACGUAAGGGAUUAUUGAAGUGAAGGUUCGUGAGAUGGAUGUGGUGAAUGGACGUAUCAGUCAGCAACUGUUGAGGCUAAAGCAGUGAGCAUCUUGAUGGAAGUCAUCUGGAAACAUCCUUCAGAGCUCCAUGGGAAGGAAAAGGAGUAGAGAAUCCACUACUGAAUGCUUUGGUGUGAGAAACAGGAACCUUAUUAAUGCAAACAAUAACAACUGAUGUGUUUGGGGAAGGAGACUUGUGGGCAAUUAAAAGCCCCAGAGAAUUCAUCGAAAUUCUGCAAGGAUCAGCUGAGCUACAGACAAGGAGCCACAUUAGGUCCUUAAAAAUCUGGUGGUAAAAAAAAAUCAGAAAGCAGGAUGGGGAACUUCACAUUUAGUUGGACUGUUCAAACCAUCAGCGACCUACUGUAAUGGACUAUUAAAAGAUGGAGUCUGCUUUGCCAUUGCCCUGGAGCUCGGAGCUAAGAAGUCUCAGUGCCAACAGCUGGGCUGCUGCAGGAGCUGAGCUGCUUCAGGAGCUCCAGGAGAUACCCAGCCAGCAGAACGUUGUUACAAUCAAGAGCACGGCAAGUACUGACUCUCCCACAUAGGGCGUGCCAGGCAGACCUCGCUUGGAUACCGGGGAAUCAGCCAAUGGGCAGCCAGGGUCCAAUUUGGAUACUGGUGAAGUGCCAAUGGGCACCCAGGCUCUACCCGGUGAGGUAUUUAGGGCGGUGCCCAGGGUGGUGGCAGGAUCCCCCCCUGCUGAGGGCACUGGUACCACUCUGUUACCCUGCCUGCCUCUUCCCUCCUCGGAGGCUCAGCACGAUCAAGGGAGAAGCGCUUCGUGGUGGUGGUAACUCCUGUGCUGUGCUUUUAACAGUCACCCUCAGCUUUUCCCUGCUUUCCUGUCCUCCUCCUUUCUCUCCGCUCCUUUGUGUUACAAAAUAAAGUCGAGUUAUCGUUUUGGAAUCCAGCAUUUGGUGUACUUUGGGCCUUAAUCUCACUUAUGGGAAUGUUUUAGAACCUGGUUUCCCGCUGCAUCUAAGUGGAUCAGAACAGCUUCCUAAGUGACUUCAGUGAACUACCCAUCAAUUCAGAACUGGUUUGUUUUCAAAUACUCUCUAGAUUUGGUUGGUUGGUUGGUGGCUGUUGCUGCAGGAUUCAUAGCAACAAUUUGCUAAUUUUUUUCCAUAGUCCACAUUUUGAUUUAACCUCAAAAUGACUGUGCUUAUCCUUUUGCACACUGUAAUAUUAAAUAUUCACAUAGUGAAAAUACACAUAAAAUGAGGAUGUGCUCAAACAACCUAUUUAUUCAGCCUGGUUUACAUUAAUUUACCCAAUAUCACAAACAAGACAGUAUCCAAUACCUGGCUAGUUUUAAAUGUGUUUUCUUUCAUUUCAGGUGACUGAUUCCUUAGCUGAAUCCUGAUUUUUUUUUUCCCACUGUCUGAUAAAACAUCAUUUAUCAUGAGAACGUUCAUUAAAUCAUGGAUUCCUCGGUGUCUGCAGAUACUCAGGUCACCUUGCAGAUCCUUCCAUGGAUACAAGAGGCUUCUGACAUCUCAGAUUAUUUCCCAUUAUGAUUCUAUAAAUCAGUAUAAAAAGGAACUGCCAAAAUAUUUCAACUUUGCGAGUGAUGUCUUAGAUGAGUGGUCCCAACUGGAAAAGGAUGGAAGAAAACCAGCAAAUCCAGCUUUUUGGUGGGUAAAUGAGGAGGGAGAGGAGGUGAAGUGGAGCUUUGAAGAGCUGGGAUUUCUCUCCAGGAAGGCAGCCAAUGUACUUUCUGAGGCAUGUGGUUUGCAGAGAGGAGACAGAGUUAUAGCAGUUCUGCCUCGUGUCCCAGAGUGGUGGCUCCUCAAUGUAGCCUGUAUGAGAACAGGAAUUGUCUUUGUUCCAGGAACAUCCCAACUAACAGCCAAAGACAUCUUAUACCGACUCCAAGCUUCAAAGGCCAAGUGCAUCAUUACCAGUGACACACUGGCACCUGCAGUGGAAUCUGUUGUGCCUGACAGCCAGUUUCUGAAAAGUAAACUAAUUGUAGGCAAAGGGAGCAGGGCUGGGUGGCUGAACCUCAAAAAGCACCUUGAGGUGGCAUCUGCUGACCAUAAAUGUGUCAAGACAAGAAGUCAAGACCCAAUGCUGAUCUAUUUUACCAGUGGAACUACAGGCUUUCCAAAAAUGGUGGUGCAGUCCCACAGCAGUUACGGCAUCGGACUUGUAACUGGUGCCAGGCAUUGGAUGAACUUGACUCCUUCAGAUAUAAUGUGGAAUACCUCUGAUACUGGCUGGGCAAAAGCAGCUUGGGGCAGUGUUUUUGCACCAUGGAUCUGUGGAUCUUGUGUCUUUGUACACCACAUGCCACAGUUUAAGCCAGCAGUUAUUGCAGAGACUCUCUCAAGAUACCCCAUCACUACCUUCUGCACUGCUCCCACUGCCUACCGCAUGCUGGUCCAGCAUGAUCUGAGCAGGUGACAAUCUGUGCCAACAUGAAAGGAAUGAAAAUCAAACCUGGCUCUUUGGGAAAAGCCGUUCCCCCUUACGACGUGCAG